AUGGAACUUACUUUCAACACGCAUUCUGCUUCACCUGUGAUCCAAGUCGGCGACCUAAAGGAUCCAGAAACUGUGGAACCGAAGCAAGGAUGCUGCCUUCGGAUGAUUGGCAAGGUACUCAAGGUGGAUGGCAAAAAGGUGGAUGUUUGCGUGAAGGGGGAUGCAGGACGUAUCGCCAAGGGCUGGGACAAGGUAGUGACUGUGCAGCUUAUGGAUGGUGUUGACGAUCCUGAACCCGAUGCCUCGUACGUGUUCAAAGGAUCUCUCGAGCCGUUUAUGAACGUGCGCACGGCUUCAAUCAAGGCAUUCCCGGAUGUGUUCAAGCAUAUCAAAUUUUUGGUAGAGAUCUGUGAGAAGAAGAGCGUUAAGAAAGAGGUCCAAGGCAGGUGA